CCGGAGCCGGUUGACUCGGUCAUCUCUUCCGGGACAUAGAGCCCUUCCUUCCCCAUGAGGGCAGGCCCAGGACAAGUCAUGUCUUGGAGCUGAGGAUUCAGGCAUGCCCGAAGCCAUUGGGAGACCACCCUCCCUUCCUGCAGAAGGGAGACGUGAGGACACAGGAUGAAGCGCGGAAGGAGGGAUAGUGAGGUCACCAUCAAUGCUUUAGAAAACGGAGAAAAAUGCAAGAAAAAGAGGACUACAAAUGAAAAUUCUUCGGAGGCCAUCCCGUCUUGUGACUGGGGUAAUCUCCUUCAAGAUAUUAUCCUUCAGGUAUUUAAAUACUUGCCCCUUCUGGAUCGCGCUCAUGCUUCCCAGGUCUGCCGAAAUUGGAAUCAAGUGUUUCAUAUGCCUGACCUGUGGAGGUGCUUUGAAUUCGAACUGAAUCAGCCGGCGACAUCGUAUUUGAAAGCCACGCACCCAGAGCUCAUCAAGCAGAUUAUUAAAAAACAUUCCAACCACCUCCAGUAUGUCAGCUUCAAGGUGGACAGUAGCAAGGAGUCAGCAGAAGCGGCCUGCGAUAUUUUAUCUCAACUUGUGAACUGCUCAUUAAAAACGCUUGGACUUAUCUCAACCGCUCGGCCCAGCUUUAUGGAUUUACCAAAGUCUCACUUUAUCUCUGCCCUGACAGUUGUGUUUGUCAACUCCAAAUCCCUCUCCUCGCUUAAGAUCGACGACACACCGGUAGACGAUCCAUCCCUCAAGGUACUGGUGGCCAACAACAGCGAUACCCUCAGGCUAUUAAAAAUGAGCAGCUGUCCUCAUGUCUCACCUGCAGGUAUCCUGUGCGUGGCCGACCAGUGCCACGGCUUACGCGAACUGGCCCUGAACUACCACCUGCUGAGCGACGAGCUGCUCCUCGCCCUGUCCUCGGAGAAGCACGUCCGGCUAGAACACUUGCGCAUCGACGUGGUGAGUGAAAACCCGGGCCAGACCCACUUCCACUGGAUUCAGAAGAGCAGCUGGGACGCUUUCGUGAAGCACUCGCCCAAGGUGAACCUGGUCAUGUACUUCUUUCUGUACGAGGAGGAGUUCGACCCUUUCUUCCGCUACGAGGUCCCCGCCACCCACCUGUACUUCGGGAGGUCGGUGAGCAAAGACGUGCUGGGCCGCGUGGGGCUGACGUGCCCCCGGCUGGUCGAGCUGGUCGUCUGUGCCAACGGCCUGCGCCCGCUGGACGAGGAGCUGAUCCGCAUCGCCGAGCGCUGCGAGAACCUGUCGGCCGUCGGCCUGGGGGAAUGCGAGGUCUCCUGCAGCGCCUUCGUGGAGUUCGUGAAGAUGUGCGGCGGCCGCCUGUCCCAGCUGUCCAUCAUGGAGGAAGUCCUCAUCCCCGACCAGAAGUACAGCCUGGAGCAGAUACACUGGGAAGUGUCGAAGCAUCUUGGAAGGGUCUGGUUCCCGGACGUGAUGCCCACUUGGUAAAGGCGUUCGAACCGGGGGGCGGGCCCCUGUGGAGUCGCACCUUAAAUCGGAGCACACCGAACGGCGGAGCAGGCCGACUCGGCGGCGUUUUCGGGAGAAUCCCGCUCCCCUUAAGGCUUCGAAAAAGCGAUAUUCCCGGCUGGCGCGUUGACACCAAGCACCGACGCGGAAGAUCACCGGGGUGAAUUGGGUCGGAAGACCGGUGUGCGUUCUCUUUUUGUCCGUUAUUCAAUCAGUUGCUGUAGAGACUAGGUAAACCUGCUGGAAAAGUCACGCAUCGCGGGGUAGGUAGAGAAAUGGCCGUAAUAAUAAUAAUAAUAAUAAUGAUGGUGAUGAUGGCAUUUGUUAAGCGCUUACUAUGUGCAAAGCACCGGGGAGAUCACGAGGCGAGCAGGUUGUCCCACGGGGGGCUCCCAGUCUUCAUCCCCAUUUGACAGAUGAGGGAACUGAGGCCUAGUGAAGUGACUUGCCCAAAGUCACCCAGCUGACAGCUGGCGGAGCCGGGAUUUGAACCCGUGACCUCCGACUCCAAAGCCCGGGCCCUGUACAGCGUGAACAGCUAAAACCGAGGGGGGGAAAAAUGCAUUUUCGACAGAUUCAGCAAACCAGUGUUAAUAGGAGAAUCAGUAAUAACCGGUUUAAAAAAAGAUGUUUUGUUGUCUAUGCAGAUUUUUUUUUGUAAAUGGGAAAUUAAGAAUGUAGGGUCUUCAUAGAUGCGCCUGUUUUAAGGUGCUUAUUGCAGCUCAGGAGGGUGAGCCUUCUCAGACGUAGAUCACUUAUGUUGCUUUUGAAGCGGACUGCCUGGAUUUUCGUAACUAUAACACUACCUAGUUCUGCAUUUAUUCAGAUGAGACGCUGUGCGUGUUUCUUGGAGGAGAAAAGCUUGGUCGAAAAUGAACAGAAAAAUGUCAAAUUUAACAAAAAUGACUUGUUUAAAGAGCUAAAUCAUUGGAGAGCAAGGAAAUAUCAAGGGGGAAGGCAAAUGGCUUUUGUAAUCUGCUACACCAUGUACAUACAUCCUAUAACACAUAUUGUAAAUUGUACUUGAGGCAUUUUUCAAUACUGUAAAGAAUAAGCUUUUCCUUUCCUUUGCCAAAUCCCCGUUGAAGAUUCUUUUAAGGUAAUUGAAAUUCUUAGGAGUAAAAACCUAUGUGCUGAAAAAACUAAAUCAGAAUUAGAGGUAAAACUUUUAAGUUGUUGGAAAGAUUGCCUCAAGUGCAUUUACUGCUAUCUUUGGAUCGGAAAUACGCAGCCAGGUCAUUUCAGCUGGAAAUGAAAAGAUAGGGGUUUUCGUUCCCAGGUGUAGAACUCUGACCAGCUUUAGGGUAAGCAGAAAUAAAAGACGUAUUUAAAACCGUAAUAUUUUUGAGCAGAUCGUUGCCCGACUGGACAAUUUUAAUCGGAAAAUAUUCCUGUGGAAGUUUGCUUAGCAACCGCAUUUUGGACAGUAGAUCCUUUUGUAUUAGAACGUGUUGCAUUAUAGGUUACCUUCAUCUGUAAAAAGGUAAUUAUGCACUAAUAAAGUCUGUGUUAAACCUG